AUGAAUACAUAUCUUUACAAUAGAAUAAGUGGCUCUAAACGCUUUAAACAACACGCUAAUAAAUAUUUUCCAUUGGAGCCAGCUACAACAUCAUCAUCUAUUACCUUUAGUUCAUCAAAACAAACAACAUUGAAUAAUAUGGGUUUUACUAAAGGUGUCAAAACUACUGAAGGUGAUGUUGCAAAAAUCAAAGAUUUAUCUGCACUUCAGAAGUAUUUGAAAUUCUAUGGAAUCAAUUCAUUACCUGAUGUUAACAUUGUCUGUGAGCGUGGUAGCAACCUCGUUUGUGUUUUUAAACGUUUUCAACCGAUUUUCUGUUAUGGACAUAGACUUAAUAAUGUUGUAAAGAUAGGUUUUUUCCAGACUGAGAAAAGGAAAAUUAAAGUUACUGCUGGUUGCGCUACAGAUAAACCAAAUACAGAAGAAACAACUAUAGCUGCUAGUAUUAAAAACGAAAAUCAUGAAUCUUCUCAUGAUGAUGAAUGUGAUCAUGCUAUUGCUUUACCAAUUAUUAAACAAAAGAAAUUUCAUUCGAGAAAGACUUCUAUAACAACAAAUGAGUUAUCAGUCUCGUUGUGUUAUAAAUAUAUUCGUGAACAAUUAAAAAUAAUACGUAAUGCACAAUCAACUUCCGAAAUACUUCAACAAACAGCUGAUCUACAUCCAAAAAAGUUCAAAACAGCUGAUUCAAUAUGUACACGUUUUGAAGAUGAUUAUUCACAUGGUUUCAGAGAGAACAAUGCUGAGUGCUUUGAAUAUAAAAGUGAUACGUAUGAAUUUAGCAGGAAACAAUCUGAUGAGUUGGAUAGAUAUUUAGUCAUGCAAAUCGACAAGUUAUCAGUUACAGAUAAUCCAUUAGAUUUUUGGAAAUCUUAUACAAAUCAAUAUCCAUUAUUAUCAAAAUUAGCAAAAUAUAUUUAUUCAAUACUUACAACAUCUACCAGUGUGGAACGUCAAUUUUCAAGCGCAGAUUUAAUUAUAAAUCAACGAAGAACAAAUAUUAAUCCUAAACAAGUAAACAAUAUUUUUUUAAUACAGUCAUUACAGAAACAGUAA